GUCAACAUUAUAAUUGCUUCUGCUUCUCUAAUCUCUGCUUUAUAAACCCUUUACUGUCUGCUGCAAAUCCGCCACCGGAACCAGAGGCCAACUGUUUUGGCUAUCAUAAAGCAUUUUUCUCCUGUAUUUCUUCUUGUUUCUACUCUCUGGCUAUGGGGAGAGCUCCCUGCUGUGACAAAGCAAACGUGAAAAGAGGACCAUGGUCUCCUGAAGAAGAUGCUGCUCUUAAACGUUACCUUCAAACCCAUGGCACUGCUGGUAAUUGGAUUGCCUUGCCCCAAAAAGCUGGCCUUAAGCGAUGCGGCAAGAGCUGCCGCCUACGGUGGCUAAAUUAUCUCAGGCCAGAUAUCAAACAUGGAGGAUUUACUGAAGAGGAAGAUAAUAUCAUAUUCAGUCUUUAUAAUCAAAUGGGUAGCAGAUGGUCUCUAAUAGCCUCUCGCCUACCCGGAAGAACAGAUAAUGAUGUGAAAAAUUAUUGGAACACCAAGUUAAAGAAGAAGCUACUUAAUGGAGGAAAAACAAUCGAGAACAAUACAAACCCUAAUAAUAUUAAUCCUCCUGCUAGUGCUAAUUAUUAUAACACCAAUACUAUUAAUUUUAUUAACCCUAAUUCAGUGACAGUCCUUCCUUGUGUUCCUUUCCCAGAGACUGAAACCAACUGCACCUUCACCUUCUGUGAUUCUUUUGUCAAUACCAAAGAAGGGUCAAGCAUUUUAGACUCAUCAACGCCGCCUACUAAUGGUGUUGGAGAGACUUUAAUGGAUUCUAGCUAUGAUUUUCCUGACUAUGAUUAUUAUUCUUUUAAUGGCCUUGAUUUGUUUGAUCAAGAUAAAGCAGCAAGUGAAAUUGCUUCAAGUAAUUAUUGCAGCCCAAGCAUGUGAGUGUUAAUUAUUAAUUAUUAACAGAGAUUGACAAUUAAUUGUCCUUCACAUUGUAUAUAUGUUUUAUUAACUGAAGCUGAAUUUGUAGAUUUUUUAGCGAAUUAUUAA